AGGCAGCUCUCAGUCAAACACCGAGCAGUGAGGACAGGAGCCCCGGGACACUGGCUCUAAACUCUGGACUCCUUGACUCGUCUGGACCGCACUGAGAUGCUGCCGCUGCAUGAAGGACGCUCUUGUGUCCGAGCCGCUGCUCUUUUACUGCAGUGUGCUGCUGUGCUCUCCUUCAACCUGGACACCAGUCAUGUCAUCAGGAAAAGCGGAGAGCCCGGGAGUCUGUUCGGCUUCUCUCUCGCCAUGCACCGGCAACUCAACCCCGAUCAAAGAAUGCUGUUGAUCGGGGCGCCCAGAGCCAGAGCUUUAGGAAAACAGACCUCCAGCAUCACAGGGGGGCUUUAUAAAUGUGAAAUCUCUCAGUCAAAUGAAUGUGAACGCAUUGAAUUUGAUAAUGAAGAGGACACACGCUUUGAGAACAAGGAGAAUCAGUGGAUGGGGGUGACCGUUCAAAGCCAGGGACCUGGAGGAAAGAUUGUGACGUGUGCUCAUCGCUAUCAGAGGCGCUUGUAUGUGAACACGCCUCAGGAGUCGCGGGACAUCACUGGCCGCUGCUAUGUCCUGAGUCAGGACCUGACCAUCGACCCAUCCUCCGAUGAGGAUGGAGGGAACUGGAACUUUUGCGAGGGCAGAGCCAGGAGCCAUGAGAUGUUUGGAUCAUGUCAGCAGGGUUUGGCUGCCACCUUCACCAAGGACUACCAUUACGUUGUGUUUGGAGCACCAGGAGCUUACAAUUGGAAAGGUAUUGUGCGAGUGGAGCAAAAGAACAACACUUUGCUGGAGAUGGGAAUUUAUGAUGACGGUCCGUAUGAAGUUGGAGAUGAGGAUCUUUUAAACCCUGAGCUGGUGCCUGUUCCUGCCAACAGUUACCUGGGAUUCUCCCUUGAUUCGGGACACAGCAUCACCAGCAGUCGUGGCCUCACGGUGGUAGCUGGAGCUCCCAGAGCCAAUCACAGUGGAGCUGUGGUUCUGCUGAAGAAACAGAGGGAGGCGUCGAACCAACUCUCUGUGGAGCACAUCCUGUACGGGCCAGGCCUGGCAUCCUCCUUUGGAUACGACCUGGCUGUAGUUGACCUGAAUGGAGACGGAUGGCAGGACAUCGUUGUCGGAGCGCCUCAGUUCUACAUGAAGGACAGAGAUGUAGGAGGUGCUGUUUAUGUCUACAUCAACAAGGCAGGGAGGUGGGAAGGGAUCACUCCUAUCAUUCUGAACGGAACCAAAGACUCGAUGUUUGGACUGGCAGUGGAGAACAUUGGCGACGUCAAUCAAGACUUUUAUGAAGAUAUUGCCAUCGGAGCUCCUUAUGAAGACAGAGGGGCAGGAAGAGUCUACAUUUAUCACGGCUCUGCACAAGGAAUCAACACCAGCCCUGCACAGAUCCUCUCAGGAAAAGAUCACAACCUCCAGUUAUUUGGUUAUUCCCUGGCAGGACACAUGGACCUGGAUGGUAACUCUUAUCCAGAUCUGGCUGUGGGUUCACUAUCAGACACAGCCCUCAUUUUUCGAGCAAGGCCAGUCAUUAGCAUCAGAAGAGAUGUCAAAAUAACUCCACGGGAAAUCGAUCUUACACUCAAAACAUGUGGUAACAGCAUUUGCUUCACUAUGGACGCUUGCUUCAGCUACACGGCAAACCCUUCAUCUUACAGUCCUAGACUCACUAUCGGCUAUUCUGUCGAGGCCGAUGGAGAUCGCAGGAAACAGGGUCUGCCCUCUAGAGUGAUGUUCAUGAACAAAUCCCGCACAGACACAGACUACCUGUUUAACGGCACCAUAGACCUCCGUGGCCAAAAGCAGGAAACGUGCAUCAAGAUCAAAGCAAAACUCAAGGACAACAUCAAGGAUAAGAUGCGCAGCGUUCCCAUUGAGGUUUCUGCAGGAAUUUUGAGCACAAAGCGUCAGAAGACAAGGAACGGCCUUCCUCAACUAACGCCCAUAUUAGACUCCUCACAACCAAGCAAAGAAGUCAUUGAGGUCAACUUUAUAAAAGAGGGAUGUGGCAAAGAUCACAUUUGUCGCAGUAACGUGAGGAUGGAGUACAAAUUGUACUACAAACAAAACAACAUGCACACUCCACUAACCGUCAAGAACAACAUGCCCGUGUUUCGUCUGAACUAUGAGAGGAAGUAUUUGGCUCUGCGAGUGACAGUGAACAACAGGAAUGGGGACGAUGCUUACGAGGCUAAGCUGGUGGCAACUUUCCCAGAUACAGUGUCCUAUUCGGGAGUUCGCUCUCAUCAAACAGUGCCGAUCAUCUGUAUUGCCAAUCAGAAUGGAUCGCAAGCAGACUGUGAGCUGGGAAACCCCUUUAAGAGAGAUUCCGAGACUACAUUUUACAUCAUCCUGAGCACUGUAGAUAUGACUCUGGAUACGACAGAGAUCGAAAUCGACCUCCAGCUCCAAACGACCAGUGUGCAAAAUAUAGCCCCUGUCAAAGUAAAGGCUCGUGUGAUGAUUGAAUUGCCAUUGACAGUCAGUGGAGAGGCCAGGCCUAACCAGGUUUCCUUUGGAGGUGUCGUGAAAGGAGAAAGUGCCAUGAAGACAGAGGAGGAGAUCGGGAGCUUGAUUAACUAUAACUUCAGAAUACACAACUUGUGGAAGUCUUUGACGCCUUCUGUUAAAGCCUCUCUACGCAUUCAGUGGCCCAAAUUCAACAAAGAUGGGAAAUGGCUUUUGUACCUGGUGAAAAUCACAGCCUCAGGACGCGAGGACAUACAAUGCUCUCCUGAGUCUGAGAUCAACUCUCUCAAACACAUCCAGGAGUCCACUUUGUCCCGGAGGAAACGGGAAAUUGAGAGAAAAGGAAGAAAAGCUACUGCGAAAAUAACUUCUCUGUCAGACAAGACUAGAGUUUUGUCCUGUGAGAAUGGGAUGAAAUGUGUGGUGCUCACAUGCCCCCUGCAGGGUCUGGACGGUACAACAGUUGAGCUGAGGUCCCGACUGUGGAACUCCACCUUUAUUGAGGAUUACGCCUCUGUGUCGACCUUGCAUAUAGUCGUGAAGGCCAUGCUCGUGCUUCACGCUCAGGCUGAGAACAUGAUCCUGACAACUCCUGACACUGAUGUGACAGUGGCAGUGUCCCCAGAAAGCACAGUAGCGCAGUAUGGCGGAGUCCCCUGGUGGAUCAUACUGGUGGCUGUUCUCGCAGGCAUCAUGAUUCUGGCUUUGCUGGUGUUUCUGCUCUGGAAGUGUGGAUUCUUCCAACGUUCCAAACAAGACAGCAGCGUUCCUCGUUAUCACGCUGUGCGGAUAAAGAAGGAAACACCAGAGUAUAAAGACGGAAAAGUGAAGCUCGACACUUUUGAAAAGAAGCAGUGGAUGACGACUUGGAUUGACAACGAUAGCUAUUUGUGAUUCAUCUGUUUAAAUUAUUUGUUCGGCUGGAUUUAACGAAUAAUAUCAAGGCACAAAUAUACUGUAAUUUGUUUUUCCUUUGAACACGAUGCUCAGUGAUUUAACUGAGGUAGCUGGUUUCAGGCCACUGUACUGUAUAGUUUAUGAACUUUUUUGUAUUUUAAGUUUUGUAUAUAUUUAAAUACUUACACACUGUAUAUUUAUUUUUUGCUUUAAAAAAAAGAUGCAGCCAAAGUUUACUAAUGUUUGUAUGAAGUUGUACAGUCUUUGCAAGGAAGGUACAGCUCAGCGUAAUGUGAAUGUAAAUCAGUUACAUUUUUAAGGUUGUUUUAUAAAAAAAAUGUACAUUGGUACAAUAUCAUGUCAAUAGAGUACAAAUGACCACAAUCAACUCCAAUUGUUGUGGCAUUCAGGUAGCAUCCACUGUGCUGUAGGUUAUCACUGAAGUAUGAAAAACAUUCUUUUUUGUCUACAUGAAUC